ACAGGAGACCGGGUAGUCCACCGCCGCCCCUGACCACACUCUCCCCGAUCCGAUCCGCCGGCGAUGGCCGCCCCUCACCGUGCUUUUCCCGAUCCGCCGUCGAUGGCCGCCUUCCGCUCUGGCCGACACGCUGCCCAUCUCCGCCUGGCCGUACCGCCGCGGCUGGCCGCCCACCCCUCCUUCCGCUUCCCCACCACGCCCCUCCCCACCCCAUCCAAGACGCGCCUCCCCGCCGCCGGCGCCGCCUCUCCCUACGCCGCCGCGCUCCUGCGCAUCCUCGCGCUCCACUCCCUCUUCCUUCUCGCGCCCGCCGCCCGAGCGCUCCCCUCCCUGCCCCACCUCUUCCUGCUUCCGCCGCUCCUCGCCAUCAUCUCCGCCGUCGCCAUCCUCCUCAUCCCCUCCAAGAGCCAGCCCCACCCCUUCCCGGCGCUCCGCCACCUCUUCCGUCCCGCCCUCCUCCUGGCGGCGUCCCUUCUCCUCCGGCUCUCCUCCCUCCACCUCAUCAGUGACCCCGGUCUCAUCGUCCUCGCAGACUCCGCCGGCGCGCUGCUCGCCCGCGCCCUCAACCGCCCCUCCCGCCGCCGCGUGAUCUCCGUCGCUGCCGCCUCCGUUUCGCUGGCGGUCGUGUCGCCUUCCCACUCCGUGCUUCUUCUCGCACUCCCCUUUGCUUCCGGCCUCCUCUCCUCGUUCGAGCACUCUGUAUCUGCGCGACAUGUCACCCGCAGCCGCCACGCCCGUGCGGCCGUUUUUGCCCUCGCCGCCACCUUCCUCUCGGCGCCGGCACUUGCGGGCCUCUUCUUUCUUGAUGGCACUGACACCAGCGACGGUGUCCCGAUUGGCCAGCUCUGGUGGCUGCUCCUUAACGCGGCUGUCUUUGGCAUGGCCUUGGGGCGACGGCAAGCCUACGACAGCAGUAGCAGUAGCAGUAGACCAAGCAUGAAUUUUGCAAUGACCUUUGUGUGCACUAUUGUUCUGGAGCUGGUGUACUACCCAAAGCUGUCGUUGCCGGGCUUCUUAAUUUGUGGGUUCAUCUUGUGGAUCGCCAGCAGGGAGCUGACUCCUUCAGGAUAUGUUGAGCUUGGGAGCACUGACGAGUCCGUGUAUGAGGCUGUCAUGGGGCCGGUCCGGCAUAUCCUUAGUGAACGCAAGUCCAGGAAGAUUGCUGCUUUUCUGUUGAUCAACACAGCUUACAUGUUUGUUGAGUUCGCCAGCGGUUUCAUGAGCGAUAGCCUUGGGCUGCUCUCUGACGCUUGCCAUAUGUUGUUUGAUUGUGCUGCUCUGGCAAUUGGACUAUAUGCGUCGUACAUUGCGAGGCUGCCUGCAAAUGGAUUGUAUAACUAUGGAAGGGGCAGGUUUGAGGUGCUAUCUGGGUAUGUUAAUGCAGUGUUCUUGGUGCUUGUUGGGGCCCUGAUUGUGUUGGAGUCGUUUGAGAGGAUACUCGAGCCUCGGGAGAUAUCAACAAGUAGCCUUUUGGCAGUUUCUGUUGGUGGACUUUUUGUAAAUAUCAUUGGAUUGGUUUUCUUUCAUGAGGAGCACCAUCAUGCGCAUGGCGGUAGCUGCUCCCACUCCCAUUCACAUUCACAUUCUCAUUCUCAUUCACAUAAUCAUGUUCAUGAAGAUCACCAUCACCAUCAUGAUCAUGUUCAUGAAGAUCACCAUCACCAUCAUGAUCAUGUUCAUCAGAGUGCUGAUCACGAGAAGACAUGUUCUGGUCAUCAUGGAGACACAAAUAAGGGCCAUCAUCAGAAUCACCAACAUGAUAGCAACAAUGCAGAGAAUCAUCAUCAACAUAACCAUGGUUGUAGCCACAAGCAUGGUCACAAUGGCCAUAUGGAACAUCACCAGCAGGGUGUAGAUCAGGCUCAUCAAGAUUGCAGCAGCAUCAGCAGCGAGCAAGGACUUCUUGAGAUUCCACUGAUAAAUGUGCACUCUCAUGGCGCAGAAUCUCAGUCUUGUAAUGGAGAGGUGGAAUCGCCAGAAACCGGAAACCAUGCCAAGCCGGCAAGCCGGCGUCACAUUGACCAUAACAUGGAAGGUAUCUUCUUACAUGUCCUAGCUGACACAAUGGGAAGCGUUGGUGUUGUGAUCUCAACUCUAUUAAUCAAGUACAAGGGAUGGCUAAUAGCAGAUCCCAUUUGCUCUGUAUUCAUUUCAAUAAUGAUUGUGGCUUCUGUCCUUCCAUUGUUGAGAAAUUCUGCUGAAAUUUUGUUGCAAAGAGUUCCAAGGAGCCAUGAGAAGGACUUCGAAGCAGCACUGGAUGAUGUUAAGAAGAUUAAUGGUGUGAUUGGAGUCCAUAAUGUUCAUUUAUGGAACUUGACAAACACUGAUAUUGUAGGCACUUUUCAUCUUCAUAUAUCAGCCGAAGCUGACAAGUCUGUUAUAAGAGAAAGUGCUUCACGGAUAUUUCAAGAAGCUGGGGUUCAAGAUCUGACUAUCCAGAUCGAAUGUGUCGAAAGAUAGCAGUUGUUGGUAUAGCGACACUUGUUGGUAGUUUGAUAGGAUUUUGGCACAGAUCAAAUAUAUCUGUAGUGCUUAAUUCAGGAGCCAUCCUUUAUGUACCGCUGAAAGGAAAUUGCAUUAAAAUACAGGUUUGCAGCUUAAUCAUUUUGGUCUGAGCAACUUAAUAUUUAUAUGCUGUAUAUUGUCCAUGUCGCAUAUAGACUUCACAAAAGCUUUCCAAUCACAUGAUGAUAAGCAGUUCCAGCUUAAACAAGCAGAUUAAUGAAGAAAACAAAGAGCACAAUUCCAGCAGAAAAGAAAGGAAACCAGAGAAUAAUGCGAGUUCAUUACAUGACCAUAUAUAACCAGUUCAAACUUGAGCGAGCAAAUUAAUGGAGAAAGCAAGCUAGGUAGCAAUAAACGAGAAGUGAAGCCUCUAAAUUAAAGAGGUACACUGAGUAAUGCAAGCGCUAGCAUUGUUGGGGCAGAGCAACUGGAGCCUUAGUUCAGCUAAGAUAUAAUCCGUGUGUAUCUUCGACAUCGAAUUGUAUCCAUUUCAUGCACCCUCUCUUAUUCAUCACCUGGUAUGUGCCUACAUAAUACGGGUAUGUCUUUCUCCGUCAUCCCCACUGGCCACCACUGCCGUCGAUUGUAGCUGUGGAAGCAAUGAAGAAAUAUGUGGGAUCUAAAAUGAAGCAUGUCAAGAAUUAAUGAAAGAAAGCAUCAGAUGGAUGAGUAUAGAUACUCCAGAUCAAUCCUUUUUUGUUUAUCAUCAUAAACAUCAUAAUAGUCAUCAUCAUCCUCAUCAUUGGUGUCUUAAUUUGGAGACUGAGAUGCCAAAAGAGCAACAAGCAAGGAGUAAUAAACUAUCCUAUGGAGGGGAAAAGACUGAUGAAAGCAUACAGGAUAGUAUGCAAAAGACAUUCCCUUCAGUUCUUGAAUCAGAGUGCAGCAGUGAAGAACAAGACGCUUUUUUGGUUGAUGAGUUGGUCCAAAUAGAUUGAGACGCCCCGACCUUAAGCUUCCUCCAUUUUGGUCUGGUGGGGAAUGCUCUAUUAGGGUGUUCCCGUAGUGAUCGAUAUAUGCGCAGACAAGCUGAGAUGGAGGAAGAGUCAGCAUGGUCGGCCGCCCCGGGUAGCCAAAAUUACGUAUACAAAAAAAUACGGUUCGUUUUAGUACAUGGGCCAAUACAUGUGGGGAUUUGCACGGGAGGCACAAAGGCCCAGUUGUAGUCCACGGCCUAAAACAAGUUAGCACGGCCACACCCAAUCCUUCGACCCCGUCUCCUUUCCAGAAUAUCCCCAAUCGAGCGAAGCAGUAGCGAGAGUAACCUAGCCGUCUUCGCCUCGCCGCCACAGAGCUCCGCCUCGCCGGACCGUCGGCUUGUCGCCGAAGAGCUCUGCCUCGCCGGGCCACCGGCCGCGGGCACCUGAUCCACAUCCGCCGUUCGCCGGUCCACGCAUGGGCGAACGGAAAGAAGCAGCGGUGCCGGGCGUGGCCUAUGAGGGAGGAGGCAGCGGCGACAGUGGAUCGAGCUCAUGCAAACGCGCAGCUGCUGUUUGCAAAAUCAGCAAGCGCAGCCAGCAGGGAAUCUUUAAAAAGAUGAAGCCAAUUGCUGCUUAUUUUGCAACUCCACCAUCUAAUGAAUCUCAAGCUCAUGUUCAUGUUCAUGUUCCUGAACCUGAUGCAAACAUUUUAUCCACUGAAGCCUCAGAUGCAAACAUUGUAGAAGAUCUAGUUCCUGAACAUGAAGUGUAUAAUGAGGGCUCUCAUGAUAACACUUUGCAAACUUCUAUUCUAGGAUUUAGUCCAACUCACAUUGAACCUGAUCCUGGACUCCGGAAACAAAUUGGAGAUUAUCCUACUCCAGAAAUCAGAGAUGCAGUGAGGAGGGAGUAUUUGAAGAAAGGUCCAUGUCAGCCGUAUGGGCAUGAUUUUCCUCGCAACACUACAGAUAAAAGGGUAUUCAGAGAGGAGUGGUUUGACGAGUCUGAUGUUUUUUGCAGUUGUGGCAGUCUUGCUAAUCUUGCUCUCAAGUUGGUUGAAACUAAGGAACAUUUACACUUUCCUUUGGUUUACCGACUCAUCACACUUGCUUUGACUUUGCCAGUAGCGACGGCAUCUGUUGAAAGAGUUUUCUCAGCCAUGAAUAUCAUUAAGACAGAUUUGAGAAAUAAGAUAUCUGAUGAUUGGUUGAAUGAUCUGAUGAUAUGCUAUGUAGAGCGAGAUAUAUUUGCUGGAAUUGAUGACAAGAAGAUCAUAGAACAUUUUCACAGCUUGAGAGACCGUAGAGGCCAUCUACCAAACCCUCCCCGUAUACUUACGACUUAGGGUAUCUAUAAUCAUGGAGUUGGACAUUUUGGGCCAUGGAAUGCAUUAUUCAAGCAGCGGGAGUCCAAGUUAGUAGUUAUGCGUGACGUUUAUGUUAUAUUUUGUGAUUUUAGGUGGUUACAACCUAGUUCUUGAAAAUCUUGAACUGUCCUGAAUCAUUGGUCAUGUAAAUUUUCGAAUGCAUCUAGCUUCAUAUUUGAAUUUUAUGAGAUUUGGUUCAGCGGACUUGCAUUCGUCAAUCAAAUUUUUUAUUCCUUCAAUGUUUCGCCCCGGCUAAGUUCAAUUCCUGGAUCCGCCACUAGUUUACCAGUUUACCAUGUACCAUGCUACUAGCAUAAAGUAUUUAUGCAUCUAUCCAAGGAAUCAUGUACCUUCCAGAUUUUCUCA